AUGGCUGCAAACUCUCUCUAUGGCACGAAGGAUCCAUCCAAAACCAAGACAAAGGAUAUCUCAUCAUCUACCUCUCUCGCCUUCUCCACACAUCUUUCUUCUCUGAUAUCGAAAGACUCCUCGCGGACAAAUGCUGGCCGACCGAGGCCAUCCAAGACCAAACCGGACAUUUUCACGCAGCAUAACAAGAACAGCAGAAAGCGUGCUGCGCCUGAUAUAUCUGAAGAUGGGGAGCAGAAGCACAAGACCGCCGUCGAUAUUGGUGGAGUCGAUUCAGCAGCUCUACAGAGGUCGAAGCGUCGAAUGGAGGAAAAGGCGCGAAUCUAUGCUGCGAUGAAGCGAGGCGACUACAUUCGACCAGAGGAUGGACGUGAUGACCGGACGUUGGUAGACUUCGAUCGAAAAUGGGCCGAGCAAGAAACGAGCGGCCGGGACGAGGAAGAUGAUGCUACAUCUUCUGGGUCUAGCAAUAGCGACUCAGAUGAAGAGCUUGUCGAGUAUCAGGAUGAGUUUGGCAGACAAAGACAAGGCACAAAAGCGGAGGUUGCACGAGAAGAGAAACGCAUGAGAAUACAAGCCAAUGCUGCGGAAGAGGCAGAGCGAUUUUCAGCACGACCAAAAAUGCCGAGCAAUGUCAUUCGUGGCGAUACCGUGCAAUACAAUGCGUUUAAUCCAGAUGAUGUGACGACAGAGAAGAUGGAAGAUCUGGCGAAGAAACGAGAUCGAUCCGCUACGCCACCUGAAGAGAAGCAUUACGAUGCAAAUGCAGAAGUGAGGACCAAAGGCACGGGCUUCUAUACCUUCAGCAAGGAUGCCGACAGCAGAAAAAAGGAGAUGGAGGCAUUGGAAAAAGAGCGCCUCCAAACGGAGAAGGAGAGAAAAGAAAGAGAGGCAAGGAAGGAGAAGAAGCGCCAGGAAAUCGAGGAAAGGCGAAAGAGAAUUGCUGAGCAGAGGAGUAAAGUACAGGCUGACCGAUUCCUGGCCGACAUCGACCUGGGCUCUGUUGAAAGUCACGAAGGGGGCUGA